UAGCAGAGCCGAUUGGUUGCUGCUCACCAACACAGUCAGUCUGGGCUUGUUUUAACAUAACCGGGGGCACUUCGACAGCAGCACCGCACAGGAAGAAGAAACCAUGUAGUAAAUAACCCGCCGUGUGGCUCUGUGAGUGGAGCGGCUGUGUGAGAUGGGCAUUUCCUUGUUGUUUGGUGCCUAAAGAUGUCAGCUUUCUAGAAAGAGGGGAUAGAGAGAGGGCCGCUGAUGAAGUGCUGAGAAUGAGAGGAGCUGCUGCUGAGCCUCAGCCUGGGCCUACCAUCUGCAGCUGGGACUGUGCAGACCUGCUGCCUCCACGACCCGAGGAAACCCUCGCGCCUUGUGGCUCAUGAUUCUCAAAGAUCCGCUCUUCUCGGCGGACCGACCUCCAGAUGGAUAAAGGCAUGACAACAUGAAUCAGUCUUACAGACCGGGUCUGAGGGCAGGUUCAGUGUUUGGUUCAAGCCAGCCAGAGCUGAGGCCCCACCACAGCCCCGUGAGCACUUCCUUUGGAAACCAGCGUGGCGUUGUGAAGAGAGGAUCGGACCAGUCGUCAGCCCUGCAGCUGUCACCCUCCAGCCACAAACAGCCUGCUUUCCUGACUUACAACCAGUCGGAGCAAUUUCGCUGCUACAGUCCGCAAAGGAGGCCACAGCACCUGAGCGCAGCACUCUACAGACCUGACCCAGAUCGAGACCUCCACCCUCGGAACAGUUUGCACUGCACGAGCCCCAUCAGCGACGAUGACGACAACGAGUUUGAAGCGCCGUUGGUCCAGAUGCCUCCGUCUCCAGGCGACGCGGAGCCUUUCCAGACUCUGCGGGACAGGAGCCGGAACGGUUUCUCCCCACCUCACAGCCCCGACAGCUUUGAGCGCUGUUCCCCCAUCCCGAACGGCUACCUGCAUUUUGAGUCCACUCUGUUUGACAGCAGUGACGUUAAAGAGGAGGAUGGAGAGCAGGAGAGCAGUGAGGACUUCGAACCUUUUCUCCCAAACUCGAGUCAGGGCCGGACUGUGUCUGAGAGUAAAACCACGAGCAGCUCGGGUGUGGACAGGAAAACAUACAAGCCUACAGUUUUUAACCUAAUGUCCAAAACGAUUUCUGAACUCAACCCUACACUAAGCCCCAGCGCACUGCCAGAAAUCACUAUGAGAGACGGGUGGAAUCUGGGCGAGGAAUCGGGCAGCGAUGCUGAACUUACCUCUCUUGUUGAUCCUGGACUUAUCUCGCCAGCUCUCACCAACUCUAAUUCCAACAGUCCAAAGAAAAGGCUUCCUCCUGCUGUGAAAUUUCUGGAAGAUGAUUUGGUUUGGGCAAAAUUCAACAGACGGCCCUGGUGGCCCUGCCAAGUCACCUGUGACCCAGACAAGGAGACUCAUAGCAAGAUGAAAGUUCCAAGCUCCCGUCCUUGUCGGAUGUAUUAUCUGGAGACGUUAGGGGAGGUUGUGGAACGUGCCUGGGUCCCGGGAAGUGCCAUUGUUCCCUUUGAAGGGGGACAUCAGUUCGAGGAGCUCCCGGUCCUCAGACGGAGAGGGAAGCAGAAAGAGAAGACGUACAAGUACACGAUUCCUAAAAGUUUGUCGACUGCGUGGAAAGUCAGCGUUGCCGAAGCCGAGUAUCUGCUCCCUCUUCGACAAAGGAAUAGUGAAAGCGCACUUUCAGCAUCUGCAAACGGAGAGGAGCGUACACCCAGCCCUCCUCCUGCCGAAAAGCCUGUAAGCCCCUCCGUUUGUAUUCAACCUCCAUCGCCCAGUCUGGCUCUGAACAGAAAUGGCCACCAUCUUCUCAAAAACUCUACAGUUCCAGCCAAUAAGAGCAAAGCUGUCAGGAAGAAAAAGAAACGUUUGUCGGACAUAUUUGCUCAUAUAGUAGGCGGCUCGAAGGACUCUGCUGUCUCGAACACGGCGGGCCAGAUUCACGCCAAAACAAGUGCACUGAAAGAGGAGCCAAAGGACUCGCCCUAUGCUGAUCUGGAUUCGGUUCCAAUGCUGAACCGUCCGAAACGCACAGCAAUUUCUCCAAUACGCGAUAUGGAUAGAAAGGAACAAAAUCCUGUAAAAGUUAAAAAGUCCACAAAAAAACUGAGCCAGUCCAGUUCUUCGGUCUCUCCCAAAGUUGCCACGAAAAAAUCGACACCUAAAAAUGUGAACUCUGAGCAGAGUUUGGCGGUCAGCAUUGAAACGUCUCACGGUUUAAAUGAAAAACACUCAGACAUCCUUUCUGCCAACAACCAUGUGAUGACCAAGGCUCUGAGAACAGAGGAGGGGACUGAUCUCGGCAACGCACCGGCCCUGAGUCACAGCUCAACAGACGCUCCCAAUACUGAUCAUUGUAAUCGCACACCAACUAGAGCUGCUAUCAAACCUGAAUCGUCUCCGGUUUGGAAAUCGCUCAGCAGUACUUUGUCUUUUGUGCACUCUCCAAAACGCCGUCCCAGAAAGCUCAACAAGAAACAAACUCGCAACGGCUUAAUAACCAAACCGAAGCACGAGGAUUUAGCUGUUUUCCAACCUGUUAGGAUCAAGACGGAAAAUGUCGCCUCGGAAGUAUCGGCUCCCUCCCCAUCUUUGUCUCCCGUGGACACAUUUCAGGACUGCAAGGAGCUGUCGUUUAGAUCGCUGGCGAAGGAGGACAGUGACUCGGAGCAGGCUGCGUUUCGACCCGAUUCAAACUAUAAAUUCAGUACUUUCCUGAUGCUCUUAAAAGACAUGCACGAUACGAGAGAAAGGGAAGGCAAACCGCUGGUUCUCCCACCUUCGGCUGACCUUAUCAAGGAGGAACCCCUGGUGAUCCCCACGUCCACACAAAGCGAUCCGCUGAAAGGGUCCUGUGAGGCUUUGGAAAGCAAAAUAAAAACUGGACCAUCAGGAAGAAGCGCAGUAACCAAAAGCACGCCGGUGAAGAUUUGGACUAAAGCUGUCCAGGCGGCUGACGCCAACCACUGUGAGAACGUUCCUCUUCGCUCCGAGAGCUCCGACAAGCAGCGGAGAAAACAGAAGCUUCCUGCCAAGCUGAAACUCCGGAACCCUUCGGACCUGAUCGACCCGGCUUACGGCGGGGAGUUUAUCAGCAGUCACACCAGCUCAGCCGAACCUGGAUCUGAUUCUCACCUUGAUCCCUCCAACAGCUACCUCGAGAGGACCCCGGAAACCGCGUUGGCUCCAAAGAAGCGCUGGCAGGUGUUGGAGGCAGCUGCUGAGAUUAAGGAGGAAGUUGUGAGCGAGGCGUCUGUUGAGAUGAAGGAGACUUACUCCACACGAACGUCUCUGGAUUUUGAUCUGGGAGCCGAGAAACACACAGAAAACGACUCGCAGUCUUCAGAUACAAGCAGCGCUGCCGGACAAUCAGAGAACAAACGCCAACGGAAACCAACUAAAAGGCUCUUGGAGUCGACAGAAGAGUAUGAACAAAUAUUUUCAAUCAAAAAGAGGUCAAAGAAAAACUCCUCAGUCUCUUCCAAAGUGGAGACUUCAGGGACUACAACACUCCAUGAACUCAGCCCCACAGAGGUGUCCGACGCCUCGAACCCUUCGUCAGUAGAGCCUGCCGAGGCUCGGGUCGAGAUGAGUCCUCCACGGGAAGAACUUUCCAGAUUCUCCCCUGCAGAGCCAGCGGUAUCCCCUGCCACAACACAACCCUGCUUUGAUACGGCAGAGGAGACUGAUCUACCUCCUGAAUCUGAAAUGAGAACAAUAAUUCAAGAAAGGAAGAGGUUAAAGAAGCUGUCGCUCAAGUUGCUGGAUUUUACCAUAGAAGAAGUGGUUUCAGGUUCUGGGAAUAAGAGGGACCAGAAGCGUCAGAAUGACAUUAUAACAGAGGUGAAGAUGUUAGUGAAGAAAUCUCAGUUCGCAUCGAAGAAAGAGAAGCCAUCUCCGAGCACACCUUCAGUCCCUGCUGCAGCCUCCAAACGGUCCGAGAGCAGGUCUCCGAGCCCCCGCAGGUGCAGAACUCCCAAACAGGAGCCCGAGUGUGAGCCCUGCAGCACCGACGCAAAACAAAACGUACACACUGGGGCACUAACUCCUAAAUCUGAGGUUGGUUUGAAUGACAGCUUCUCCUCCCAGGGGGAUGUCAGAGGGAAGAUCGGGGCUGCAACCUCCAAGGAGAACGUCUGUCAGGUGUGUGAGAGGAUUGGAGAGCUGCUGGUGUGUGACGGCCCCUGUUUCGGAGCCUUCCACCUGCAUUGCAUCGGCCUGUCUGCCGCUCCCAAAGGAAAAUUCCUCUGCGAAGAAUGUAAAACUGGCGUUCACUCGUGUUUUGUGUGUAAGAAAGCCGGGACUGGGGUGAAGCGCUGCAUCAUUCCACUCUGCGGGAAGUUUUUCCACUCCGACUGCAUCAUGGCCUACUCGGCCACUCAGCCACAUUACAAAGGCUUCCGCUGCGCCCUGCACGUGUGCCUGUCGUGCCACAUCGCCAACCCCCUCAACGUCGGCUGCACCAAAGGUCGGUUGGCUCGAUGCGUGCGCUGUCCCGUGGCCUAUCACGCCAAUGAUAACUGCAUGGCAGCAGGCAGCCUGGUUCUCGCCAACAACAGCUUCCUGUGUCCAAACCACUUCACUCCCCGCAAAGGCUGCAAAAACCAUGAACACAUAAACGUCAGCUGGUGCUUCGUCUGCUCUGAAGGGGGCAGUCUGCUGUGCUGUGAAGCCUGUCCUGCUGCUUUCCACCGGGAGUGUUUGAACAUUGACAUGCCUCAGGGUACCUGGUUCUGCAACGACUGCAAAGCCGGAAAGAAACCUCGCAUUAAGGACAUACUGUGGGUCAAAUGGGGUCGUUACAGAUGGUGGCCUGCUGAGGUCUGUCUGACCAAAGAUGUCCCCAGUAACAUCCUGAGGAUGAAACACGAUGUGGGAGAGUUCCCCGUGCAGUUCUUUGGCUCCAAAGAUUUUGUGUGGACGUAUCAGGCCAGAGUCUUCUCCUACAUGGAGGGCGAUACUCACAACAUAGAGAAAAUGGGCAAAGGUGCAGAUGCAGUGUACAAGAAAGCGCUGACGGAAGCCGCAAAACGGUUCAGGGAGCUGCAGGCGGAGAAGCAGAUGAAGCAGCUUCAGGAGGACAGGAAGAACGACAAGAAGCCGCCUCCGUACAAACACAUCAAGGUGAACCGGCCCAUUGGGAAGGUGCAGAUCAUCACGGCCGACCUGUCCGAGAUCCCGCGCUGUAACUGCAAGUCUUCGGACGAAAACCCGUGUGGCGUCGACUCGGAGUGCAUUAACCGCAUGCUGAUGUACGAGUGCCACCCUCAGGUGUGCACGGCAGGCGAGCGUUGUCAGAACCAGGCUUUCACCAAGCGCGAGUACACGGCUGUGGACAUUUUCAGGUCGCUGUCCUGCGGCUGGGGCUUACGCGCCGUGUCGCACAUCAAGAAGGGAGCGUUUGUGAGCGAGUACGUGGGAGAGGUGAUUGACGAGGAAGAAUGUCGAGCCAGGAUCCGACACGCUCAGGAGAACAACAUCUGUAACUUCUACAUGCUCACGCUGGACAAGGACCGGAUCAUUGAUGCUGGACCCAAAGGGAACCAGGCUCGCUUUAUGAACCACUGCUGCCAGCCCAACUGUGAGACUCAGAAGUGGACGGUGAACGGGGACACCAGGGUUGGCCUGUUUGCUCUGCAGGACAUCCCAGAAGGUGUGGAGCUGACGUUCAACUACAACUUGGAGUGUCUUGGCAAUGGGAAGACCGUCUGUAAAUGUGGAGCGCCCAACUGUAGCGGCUUCCUGGGUGUUCGACCGAAGAACCAGCCGCCAGCUGAGAAGAUAAAAGUGAAGGACGGGAGGAGGAAAGCUGGCAUGAAGAAGAAGACCAAGCAGCAAGUGACCAAGGAGAGGGAAGAUGAGUGCUUCAGCUGUGGGGACGGGGGUCAGAUUGUCUCCUGUAAGAAGCCGGGGUGUCCCAAAGUCUAUCAUGCUGACUGCCUCAACCUGGCCAAGAGACCUGCAGGCCGAUGGGAGUGUCCGUGGCACCAGUGUGAUGAAUGUGGCAAAGAAGCAGCUUCGUUCUGUGAGAUGUGCCCCAGCUCGUACUGUAAGCAGCACCGGGACGGCAUGCUCUUCAUCUCCAAACUGGACGGCAAGCUGUCCUGCAGGGAGCAUGACCCAUGUGGACCCGAGCCGCUGGAGCCGGGGGAGAUCCGUGAAUACGCGCCCAACCUGGCCUCCAUGAGGCCUGGAGCCGUGGCUGCACCCAUCUCGCCUUCACUGGUCCCAGACACUGGAGGAGCCGCCUCUUCCUGGUCGUUCUCAUCUUCGUCGUCGUCUUCGUCCUCCGCUCCCGUCGGCUCCCCUCCCAGCCAGACUGAGCUGUCCAGGCGAGAGCCGCCUCCUCGCCUCUACAUCAACACGAAGACCGCUACCUCCAGCUUCACCCCCUCCAGCAGGUCCUACCUCACAGACAUGACUGAAGGGAAACCUGCGUCCACGCCCGGCUCCUCCAGGGACGAGGGGGAGGACGGGGAGGUGGAGGACGGGGAGGUGUGUGGGUUAGACGUGGAGGAGGAGGAGGAAGACGAUGAUGAUGACGAAGAAGAAGCAGAGGGGGAUGAAAAUGAAGUGGAGAUGGAAUUAGUGGAGGAGGAGGAGGAUGAGCCACUCUAUGGAGGAGACCUGCUGGAAGAUGACGAUGAUGAAGAGGAGGAGGAUGGAGAGCACGUGUAUGACACCUGGGGUGAAUACGUGCACGAAGAUGCUGAGGAUGGCGAGGUGGAGGAAUGGGAGAGUGUGGAUGAUGACGAUAAGUAA